ACAGUUGGUCCUUUCGGCGCGCUGUGCCAGGUUGUGCGAAACGGAAUUUACAAGUGUCGUGUUCUAAAUUUAUAAUAGUGAAAAAAAAUACAAGUAAAAAUAAAUAUAAACGGUCGUUUAUUUUCGUGAAAUGGAAUGUUAUUUAUAGCCAGUUCUAUCUGAAAAAUAAAUAAAUAAUACACAGUCUAAGUGACACAAGAGUGAAGUGAAAAGUGAUUGUGGGAAAAUGACUAUGCACGAACCUGCUAAACAAGUGUACAAAAUUAAUACGUCGGUCUUGAAACUGUCGCAUAUAUGGACACAAAUUUGUAAAAACUGCGUUUUCUGACAGCGACUGUAAAUUUUGACUUAGACCUGUCAAAGAAAUUAAUGAAGACUGAAGCCAUUCCGUUAUAGUGAAAAUCAUCUGUGACUAAACCAAACAUCAAGACUGAAUUGAAAUACUCAAAAGUUUAAGUAAGGAAUUGACAAAAUUGUUUAGAACGCCAUCUGUCCGCGCAACGUUGAACUAACAAUACGCAACUAACGCCAUCUGUGAAUUAAAACCGCGAAACUGUCCGAGAUGGUGGAAGACACGUCGCAGCACAACGGGCAGAAUGAUCGAGUUUCUGCGGCUGCUGUUCUGCAAUUCGCUGCGAGAGAAGCAAGAGAGGGGAGGCGUUUUGCGGAGUUCGGAGCUCAAGCUUUUGCCAGCAUCACCUACAAUGCUUAUGCAUCUCUCGGAGACAUGGGCGGCAGCGGCACCAGUUCGGCGUCCUCCCACCUGUCGCCCGGCUGGCACGUCAGCGAACUCGACCUCGACCUCCCCGGAGAGCUGACUAUGAACGAUGCCCUCCUCUCGUCCCUGGCGGUAUUCAAACAGGAAGCCCCUUCCCCCACCGGGAACGUGGUGUCUCCGCCGCGACGCGUCUGGCCCAGGAGGGAUGAUCGACAGAUAACCAGCAUGGUGGUGGACGGGUCAGAAAGGGAGGUGAUGGACGAUGGCUGUCAACAGUCGCCGCCGCACGCCAUGAUGAAUCAACACGCUGGAAGUCCAGAAGGCAUGCAGUGUCAGCAGAUGGCACAGAACACUCUCGUGCCGAUGAACGGGUACCAUUCACCCGUCCAGGAGAAUAAGAACGCUGGGCUAUUAAUGUGCUCGCCUGUGAGCUCUUUGGACGGCUUCCUCCACUCCCCGGCCGCCAGGUCAGAGCCCAGCUUCAAGGACGACACCAGAUUCCAAUACGUGUUGGCGGCGGCGACAUCUAUCGCCACGAAGCAGAACGAGGAGACACUCACUUAUCUGAACCAAGGGCAGCCUUACGAGAUCAAGCUGAAGAAACUGGGCGACUUGUCCCAUUACAAGGGGAAGAUUCUGAAGAGCGUGAUCAAGAUUUGCUUUCACGAGCGCCGCCUCCAGUACAUGGAGAGGGAACAGAUAUCCCAGUGGCACGCCGAGAGGCCCGGCGAGAGGAUCGUGGAGGUGGACGUCCCGUUAUCGUACGGGGUGAUCAGAGUAGAACAGCCGUCGUGUCUCAACUCCCUGCACGUUUACUGGGACCCUACCAAAGAUGUCGGCGUUUACAUAAAGGUGAACUGCAUAUCCACCGAGUUCACGGCAAAAAAACAUGGCGGCGAGAAAGGCGUACCAUUCCGUAUACAAGUGGAGACUUACUUGGCAAGCGACGAACAUACCCGGCUGCAUGCCGCUGCAUGCCAGAUAAAGGUGUUCAAAUUGAAAGGCGCCGAUCGCAAACACAAGCAAGAUCGCGAGAAGGUCCUGCGCAGACCCCGCGCUGAACUGGAGAAAUACCAGCCCGGAUGUGAAUCCACUGUCCUCACCACUUUGUCCAAUGACGCAAUGAUGCCACCGCCGUCCCUGGUCACCACAUCACCGCCAUAUUCACCCGAAAUGUGCGUGACCCCAAAGAGUGUUACGAGCCCGCACGUGGUUAACAGCAAGCCGGUCUUGCCACAACCAACUGUACUUGCCUCAAACAACCAGAUGAAGCCACUUUAUUGCCAAGAUGGCGGUGAGAUGAAAGUGAACAGUCCACAGUGUCACUCUCCGGGCGCCAUCUUGCCAGACUUGCCACAAGCCGCCGAGGAUCCCGAUAAGAACUCCGGCCUAAGCAAGGAGGCGUCGUCCAUCGAGACCCAGUCGUGGCUGUCUCGGCACAGGUUCUCUCAGCACGCCGCCACGCUCGCCAACUUCUCUGGUGCUGAUCUCCUCAGACUUUCUCGCGAGGACAUUAUACAGAUUUGCGGCCUCGCCGAUGGCAUACGUCUAUUCAACGCACUGCAUGCCAAACGCAUAGAGCCCCGGCUGACGGUGUACGUGUGCCCGGCGGGCGGCGCCGUGUACAGCGCGCUGUACCUGCACUCGUGCCGCGCCGGCGAGCUGCUGCACAAGCUGCGGGCCUUGCACGACACGAGGAAGGAGUGCGAGACGGUGCUGGUGUCGGGUCCGAACGGAACCCGGGUCCGGCUCACGGACGAGCUGGUGCGCCACCUGCCGGACAACUCCACCUACCGCCUGGAGGCCAUUGAGGACAGCAAGGCGUUGUUGUUGUCUGCCACCAACUGUCAGAACGCUGUGUAAAUGUUGACCGAUUAUUGAAUACACACACUAUAAAAGUAGACCAUUCUCGAACACCUUAUAACUAAUGAUCGGAAUAGGUAGAUUGAAUUUGGGUCAAUGAACUGAAACAUAUAUAUUAAUAUGGACAUGCCUCCUUCCGGGAUUGCGGGAUUUGUAAAUUAUUAAGAUUUUUUCCGGAACUUUUACAAGUGGAAUGAAGAAUAUAUUAGUGGUAGCUGUUUUCCCCCAACUUUGUUCACGCAAAUUGUAGUCCUAUGUUACCCGCGGACAAUGUAGUUUACUGUAAGUGUAAGUACUUACUGAAAUGGAAUCCCGGAAGAGGCUUAUCCAUGUUAUGCUUUCUAUGGUAAUUCAUGAUGCAAGUACAUAAAAUCAAUCUACCUAUUCCGAUAUCUGGUUAUAACUUGUCCGUACCUUAAAAAUGUUGCAGAAAAAAAAAUUAAUAACUCAUAAGAUAGAAUAGAAUUGUUUUCAAAAUUGGAUACAAGGUAUCACUUUUGACGUCACAUCAAUUAAAUCUAAUUAUAUCUACUAUGAUGUAAAAUCGCCUCCGUGACUAUUAAAAUAUGCUUAGUUCAUUUAUAACACCUAAUGAGCUGUCAACAUUAAAAUAAAUGUAUGCACAAGGUGCCUGUUGACUGACCCCAGAAUAUGGGGAGUUGAUAACUUGGAGAUAUUAACUGUAGUCCAUUUCUUUAGUUACCGAAAAAGUGAAGAAUUUUGUUAUUUAAAAAUUAUAAUUAAAAAGCUGAAUGAAAUUACAAAUGUCCUAAAUUUUUUAAUAUAUACCUACUAGCUGCCCCGGCAAACAUUGUUUUGCCAUAUAAAUAAUUUUUAAGUAAUUUCUAGUUAAAAAAAAAAUGUUAAGGGUGGACAACCCUUAUUACUGAGGGGUAUGAAAAAUAAAUGUCGGCCGAUUCUCAGACCUUACUACUCGAUAUGCUCACAAAAUUUCAUGCGAAUCGGUCAAGCCGCUUCGUAGGAGUACAGUAACGAACAUUGUGACACGAGAAUUUUUUAUAUAUAUUUUAAAUUAUCUUCAUUGAAGCUCUUAAAGAAAUGGACGUUUGCGUUUGUGGUUUAUUUUUUCUAGGCUAGAUUAAUAAGUUGGAAUGACCACGCCUACAGGGAAACGUCAUCGGUUUUUAAAAACCUGACUGAAAUGUGACUGGAAUUUAUAAUGAAAAUUAGAUUUUCUAUAUUUUUGUGCGGAGAUUGUAGUCCUUUAUUUUUUGAGAGACACAUUAAAAAUUACUAACAUUGCGACUCAUUGUACUAACUAUUAUAUUUUUUUAAAACGUAAAAUGUUAAGGAAAUCGCCAGUGUAUUAACGGAAUGGCUCUAAAAAUCGGCUCACGAUUAUGAGAAUCUUCAAGAGGAAUCUUAAAAGCGAAAAUGUUAUAUAUAUUUUACUAUGUAAAUAUAAUACUAUGUAAUAUAUAUAUAUAUAUAUGAACACGCAAAUAGAAAGAGAAGUACAAUAUAUAUAUAUAUUAUUUUGUAAAAUUAUAAGAGAUUUUAUUCCGCCAUACCACACAGCAAAAAAAUGUCAUUUUGUCCAACGGGCGGAUGGUAUCGUAAAUUAUAUGAAAGUUGUACACAAGUAAAAAAGAAUUUGUAUGUCCAAAACUUGGAAAGUCUUAUACAAUUUUAAUAUUUUUCUCUGUGAAUUAUUAUUUAGAUUUAUUUCUAUGUUAUACCCAUACGUUAGGUUUUGUUAAGUAUUUGAUACCAUGUUAAAUUGUUAAUUUUAGAUUACGUUAAUAAUUAAGAAUAGUUAUUAAAAAAUAUAUAUAUUUAAAUUACUGUGUUGUUUACAAAAUGUAUGUUUAAUUUGUUUGUUUCAUUGCACAUUUCAUUGGGUUAACAUUGUCAGUUAUACAAUUAUAAAUAAUCAAUUUGCCAAUUAAAUACAAUACAUCUGCAAAACUCAUUAAGUUCAAGAACAUUUGCUGGGAAAAAAUGUUUUUUACAGAUGACUCAUUAAAAGCUUGAUGAGAAUUAUAGCUAACCUGUCAAUGAGGGCGCUAGUUCUGCAAUGUUUAUAGCUACACCAAAUACUUGUGUCAUUUAGUGACAGUGAAAUGAAAAUAUAUUAGAAUUAUUUUUAUGUACCAAUAAAAUAGCUGUUGUUUAGAGCGUAGGUGGUCGAAUGGGUAAGGUGCCCGGUUGAAAUGCGUGAUGCGCAGAAAGGCACAGGUUCAAAUCCCACCCCGGCCAUGUACCAAUGACUGUUUUCAAAGUUAUCUACAUUAGUUUGAAUACUAACCAAAACCUGCACAUUCGGGCAACUGGAUGUGUAACCAUGGAUCCAAUACGGGUUAGGUUUACCUGCAAAUGUUGCGGAGGUGAGAUGGGAGUCGCUUCGUGUAAAAACCUGACUCACCCAAUCCAGGGUCCAUGGUCAAGGGCAUACCCCGGGCUCCUCUCCAGAGUGGUGAGGAUGAAACCGGAACUAAAGAAUUAUUUUCAUGCACCAACAAGGCAGCUAUUGUUUAGCUUUAAAACUAUGAUUUAUUGUGUGAAUUUGUCUUGUUUCUAUUGUGAUCGUGUCAAUAUCUAGUAACGGUAUCAAUAGUAUAAGUACCAACUCACAAAAAGGGUGAUAAUUUAUUUGUUUAGGAAAUUUUUACAAUAUUUUUGUCGAUGAAACUGAAUUGAGUCCUUAGUAACAUAGCGAGAAGCGAAUUAUAGUUUUUUUACCAGUUUUUUUUAGUUCUAAAUAGGUCCAGUUCGCAAUUGGUCCAUUGCCUGGACCAAUCGCGAAUUGGACUAUUUGCGAACUGGAUACUGGACAAUUGGACAAUUUGCGAAUUGGACAUAAUGCGCCCGUACGGUGUAAACAUGCUGUGAAAAUUUCUUGUACAAAUAAAAAUAACCCUGUGAAAAUUUUCCUUUACUUGGAUAUUUUGAUUCUGAAGUUAAUACAUAAUUAAGUUGUGAGAAAGCUUAUAUAGGCUUUCAAUUUAUAUUACCAAAUGAUAUUUCUUAUUUACUAGAGUAAAUUAGGUUAUAUUUUAAUUAUUAAGAAGUACUUUACAUUGUAAAACAAUUUUGUUAUGAUAUUUGUUGCUGUUAUUCAAUAAAUCUAUUGUAAACAUACUCCUUUUUUUUGUUAUAAACAAGUUAGAAUUGAAUUUAAAAGCUUUUGUGUUGAUUUUGGAAACUACAUAAUAAUUUGUUCUUAAACAAAAGCGAAAUUACUUUAUUCUUCAUAUUUUUUAAGUACUGUUAGUUGUAUAAUAUAAAAUGAUAUUCGUAUAACUUCGCGAUGUGAAUUCGUGUAAAUGUUGACAUAAAAUGAAUGACUAAUUUUUCUAUCGCGCGAAAAACUAUCGCUGUCCCGUUUGUCGUCGUAAAAAAAAGCGCAACGGCAAUAUUUUCUCGAUAAAAACGGCGAAGGACUUCCCAUGCUACGGAGGCAUAUGCCCUAAGUAAUUCCUUAGUGUCUUCUAAAGGUUAUAUCAGGUGCCUUUAACAGUGCCUUUUGGAAUAAGCGCUCGUUGCAUAACGGAGUAUUAUGAUAUAUUUUGUAAGAAUAUGUUAACAUGUAUAUUAUGUCUGUUAUAUUGCAGUGCACUGUAUGUAAGAACGUAGUCAAAUAAAUGUAUAUACUAAUAAUA